CGGUCAAUAUCCGGGCCACGCUCUCCUCCAUCUCUUUUGUUUUGAUGAUUGAGGAUCUGGUGAUUUUGCCCAAGAGCAGAUUCCAAGUUCAAACACCGAUAACCCACUUUGACCAUUUUGAGGGCCCUUCAGUGGCUCAAUAUUGAUCAUGAAACGAGGAGCAGGUGCAGGGACACCACAACCUAAGAAUUCUCAAAAAGUGAAGGCUAACCCCCAUCCAACUUCCGUUAAAUCUCAACCCGUCAAAGAGGAUGAAUGUCGGGAUUACUUGCGAAAUAUUUGCUCUCGUGGGAAUAAAUGCAAGUUCUAUCAUCCAACUCCAAGUGAAAGGGCUCAAAAAGAAGUCCCACCCAUUCAAAGAGAGGUACCUAUAAGCCCCCUCAUCAAACCUAUGGACUCCGAGCUCAAUGAUGCCUUGGACAAACGCCUCCAAGAUUCUGUGGUUUUCUGUCAUGAUUUCCUGAAUAAGGGCGAUUGUGUCCGAUCCCAUUGUCGAUUUAUUCAUUGCAAUCUUGAAGAAGAAGCUGAAUACAAACGCUCGGGGUACUUUCCGCCGCAUGUUCGCGAUCAAGCCAUUCGUAAAGGCGUGGCACCGGAUAUGCCUGUCCAUUUCGGUGGACGGCCGAUUUGUAAAGAUUUCGUGAAGGGCGAUUGUGUCCGAAACCAAUGCCGGUUCCGUCACUUAACCUCUCAACAAUAUGAUUUGGAAUUGGACCGCAUGUUGCGGCAACCGGGUGGACCACCAGGCUCGGGUCUGCAGAACACACCUGAAGGCCCCUACAUGUUCGAGAGAGGUCCAAAUCCCGGAUUCUACCAAAGCGCCCUUCUUACAAACAAUAACUUGGAGAAAAAGCGGCGAAUCGACGAGACCCUCGUUCAAUAUACCCGUCAACAAGUGCAGAGUGACCAUGAUCGGAAUCUGAUAGAAAUGCUGCAACACGAAAAUCUCUUGUUGAAACAGAAGCUGGACGAACUCAAAAAGCAAGUUCAAGAUCUGAGCACCACCAAUGAAUUUUUGCUCGAUCAGAACGCUCAUUUGCGGCUAGGGGUCAAGCAGGCUACUACCUCUGUCGUGAGCGUGGCUGCAGGUCAGGCGCCCACGCAACUCACAGCCUCUCUGCCUCCGAACCCUCCGCCCAUUAGCUUGGGAAUUCAACCGCCUACCAUUAGCAUAGCCCCUGCUAUGGUCACGGCGCCGGUCAGCGUACCCUCGGUUCAGCCAAUGGCCGCCCCACAUUCACUGAGCUUGUCAGUGGCGUCGUUGCCCCAACCUGCUACCAUUAGCAUCGCACCCGCUGGUACCAUUGCUGGAAUUGAUGCGGCUGUCAGUUUGCCCGUUCAAUCCCUGUCCAAUGUCACCAUGACUUGCCAUGCGGCACCGCCAGACAUGGCCAAUGUGGCGUCACAAAGUGGAGGAUCCCAGCCUCCUUCUGCACCCCCGCCAAACACAGUUCAUGUGCAAGAAACUCGUCUUGUGACUUAUCCCAUAACUUCGAUUCGUCAAACAAUGUAGCUCCAAUUUUAAUGAAUGAUAAAAGAAAAUUACAUUUUUUUUUGUUUACUUCA